AUGAAGGUUAUCAUCUCACUUCUUGUCGGCGCCUUGGGUGCCGUUAGCGCUGCAGUUGCUGGUGUGAAAGAUGUGACAUUGGACGAGGUUGGUGAUCUCAACACCUCCUUCCCUCUCCCUCCGGGAUACACUGCUGUUCCCUUUUCCAUGGACCUUGUUCUUGAGCCCGGCGGUGAGCCGAUGACUUUCAAUGGUACGGUCACGGAAAUCCUUGCACAGGUCCAGAGUAUCAAGCCUGACUUCACCUGGGAGAACUCUGGGUCUGCCACAACCUCAGUCGAGGAGAGAUCCAAGUUCAAGCGAAGCAAGUCGAAAAUCCUUUGCAACAUCCCCGGCUAUUCUGUUGGUCUGCGAUGGGCAGUUUUGAAAGGUUACGACUACUUAAAGAACCUCCACCAACCUUGCAAAGUUGAUGCUGGUCCCAGGAAGUGCUCUGUAAUCUAUUGUGAGGCCGGCACUUCGAUUUGGAUGUGCAAUGACAACACGACCCCUAUCAGCCGAGACUGCGACUACAUCGCCACUUACGCCUUAGACAUCAUUGCUGCCGAAAAUUGCCAGACCCCGGGACCCACGGGAGCCGGGGUUUGGACUAAUGGGCAGGAGUUCGACACUGAUAAUUUUAACGUCAUUGCUGCUGGUGGUGGUUGCAAUUGA